UCUCUAGCCAAUGAUCUCUGUUGCCUUUGGAAGGGUGGCGUGUCAGGAAGCUAAAAUGAACGUUUUGCUUCUUCUAGCAUUUAUUGCAGCUUUGUCAGCCUUUCUGCCCAGUGAGACGUCUCCGGUAAUUGCCCUAGCAGCCCAGAACUCUACUUUUUCCAGGCUAAGAAACAUGGAAAGCCUUCCUGCAGUAAGAAACACCUUUGCCUUCAACUUCUUCAAGACGCUUCGUGCAAAAGAUUCUACCAAGAACUUGGUUUUUUCUCCAUUGAGUAUGUCUUCUGCGCUGCUAAUGGUCUCGUUGGGUGCCAGAGGUAACACAGAAGCUCAGAUGCUAAAGGUGCUAUCUGUAUCCAAAGAUGGAGAGGUUCAGCAAAGAUUUGAGAAGCUCAUUUCUGAAAUCAACAAACCAGGCGCCAAUUAUAGCCUCAGUCUAGCCAACCACCUCUUUGGAGAAGCAUCCUAUGUUUUUCUUGAAUCAUUUAUAGAAUCCAUUCAGAAAUUCUACCAUGCAGGUCUGGAGAAACUUAACUUUAAGCAUGCUGCAGAAUAUUCACGAAGACAUAUAAAUGCCUGGGUAGAAGAAAAAACCACAGGUAAAAUUCAGAAUCUGCUUGCUCCAAGAAUAAUUAAUUCACUUACAAAACUGGUUUUGGUGAAUGCUAUCUAUUUCACGGGAAACUGGGCAAAUAAGUUCAACAAAGAUCACACACAGGAAAAGCCAUUCCAGAUUAACAAGAAUGAAACCAAAACAGUGCAGAUGAUGUUCAGCAAAGGGAAGUACAACAUGACCUACAUAUCGGACUAUCGGACUUUAAUUCUUGAGAUUCCAUAUGCUGUUGAAGACUUGAACAUGUUGAUUUUGCUUCCUGAUAAGAUUGAAGAUAAUUCUACUGGGUUGGAAAAGCUGGAGAGAGAAAUUACUUAUGAGAAACUUGAAGAGUGGCUCAGUCCAGAGAAGAUGAUCCCAAGAGAAAUAGAACUCUCCUUUCCCAAAUUUAAAUUGGAAGAAGAAUAUGAUCUGAAGCCUGUUCUGAGAAGCAUGGGAAUGACAGAUGCAUUUGAUGAGGACAAGGCAGACUUCUCUGGAAUGUCAACUAACAAUGAUUUAGUCAUAUCUGAAGUUGUUCACAAAUCAUUCAUAGAAGUCAAUGAAGAAGGCACUGAGGCAGCUGCUGCCCCUGCUGUAGCAAUGGUGGUAAAGAGUGCAGGCACUGAAUUACAAAUCAUAGUUGACCAUCCCUUCCUCUUUCUUAUUAGGCAGCGAUCUAGAAAUAAUAUCCUGUUCUUUGGUAGGUAUUCUUCUCCAUAAUGGGUGCAUCCAGUAUAUACUGGUAUAAUGGCUGGCCUUUAAUUCCUCAUCAGAUUCUUUUAAACCAUGUUGUACUGAACUUUCACUAUCACACUUUCGAUUUCUGUAAUUAGAGAUAGUUCCUUCAUGAUACUGGAUUUUAAUCCUUUCUUUCCAGGAUAGAAUUAUUUUUAAUGAAUUCAAGAAAAUAAUUUUUAGUACAGGUGUUCUGAUUGGUAGAUAAAUCCUGCAACAUUGCUUUGUUUAUAUAGGAAUGUAGGCUGUGGGGGAGAAGUUGCUAAGCAUGAAUCACAACACAGAUGUAACUAUGUAUCUGCCCAGUAUACAUUUCCAUGCGAUGAUACAAGUACAGUCAACUUAGCUUUCAUUGUGAUAUCAUGUUUUGUCAUUUGGGUGAACUCGUGGCUAGUUGUAGAUGCCGCUGCUGAGCUUAUAAUAGGAAGUGUACACAGUGCUAGAAUGAGUACACAGAACAUAUUUUUUGUGGUCAUCAUUUAAUCAAGCAAUUUGAUCCUGUACAACUCAAAUAUCUACAAAUGAUAUUUACCUGAUAUAGUUCUUAUUUGGAUGCAGUUUUUCAUUAUUCAAAAUUGAAAUAAAAGAGCAUUUGAUGA